UUCCUUCUUCAUGCUUUACCUCCUAUCAUGAAUCGUAAAAGACUAGUCGUCUUAAUAUAACCGAAUUAGAAUAUAGCGUGUUUUAUGAUCCAUGCUCCUACAUAAGACGCUAAAUUCUUAUUCGAUCUGCGAGGAUUGCCGUGCCGCGCCCUGACUUAGAUCAGGGUGAUGGGAGGCCUGUGGUUUAGACGCACCUCACCCCCCACAGUAGUUCUUCGGUAUAGUGUAUUGUGUAAGCAAAUAUGGCUGCGGACGAAACAGAAGAGAAAUGUUCCUCCUUUUGCUGGGCUCUUUUAUUCGAUUAUGACACAGAAAAGAUAGUAAGAAUACGAAACAAGAAAGUUGGUAUCAUUAAUCGAGUUAUCCAACUCCUCAUUAUCGGUUAUAUUAUCGGGUAUGUUAUAAUCUACCAGAAAGGUUAUCAAGAGUUUCAGUCCCCAUACAGUUCCGUCACUACCAAACUUAAGGGUGUGGCACUGUCUAACCUGUCCGGUCUUGAUCUUUUCGGAGGACUAUUUGUGUGGGAUCCUGCAGAUCUUGUCAUUCCUCCAGAGGAAAAUGGAGCAAUAUUUGUGAUGACAAACAUGAUUAUUACCCCAAAUCAAACUCAAGGCACAUGUCCUGAGGAUCCAAGACUGCCAAACGCAAACUGCUCUCAAGAUAGUGACUGCACUUUCAUGGCAUCCAUACCUGGARGGCAUGGCGUGAACACUGGAAAGUGUAUUCUAAGUGACAGGCAACCAAGUACGAAAGUGUGUGAGGUGUAUGCAUGGUGUCCUGUAGAAACUGAUGUGAUACCUGGAUUUAACUCAAGUCGAAAGGUGCCACUCUUAGAGGCUAUUAGGAACUUUACACUUCUAAUCAAGAACACUGUUGAGUUUCCAAAGUUUCAUGAAACAAGGCGUAACAUUGAUAAAGACAUGGAGGAUCUUAAAAAUUGUGAAUUUGAUCCAAACAAAGAUCGUUUAUGUCCUAUAUUUAAACUUGACAAAAUAGAAAAACUGGCUGGAGUUGAUUUUGAUAAAAUGGCUUAUGAGGGAGGUGUAAUGAGUGUAGAAAUAUCAUGGGAUUGUAACUUUGAUCCAUUAGCUGCGCAUUGUGAGCCAAAGUAUUCUUUCAGAAGGUUGGACAGUACUGACUCACCUAUUGCACCAGGGUACAACUUUAGAUUUCCUCGAUAUUUUAUACAAGAUGGUAAACUUCACAGAACACUAUUCAAAGCAUAUGGUAUUCGCUUUGUCAUGAGUGUAUAUGGAAGGGGAGGAAAGUUCAGCGUAGUUCCAUURUUUUUAAAUAUUGGCUCAGGAUUGGCCCUUCUUGCCAUUGCUACUGUUCUUUGUGACAUAAUAGUACUUUAUGUAGUGCAAAAACGAAACUUAUACAAGGAGAAGAAAUACUUGAAUGUAGAUGAUACACAGAUCCAGGAAGAUGGUGACAUUAAACUUAGUAACAGUGCAAGAGAUGGCAAUAGUGAUGAUCUAAAAAUUAAUGAUGAUGGUUAUGACGAUGUUGAACCAAGAGGUUCAAACUACAAACAGUUCAAGUAGAAAGGUUGAUAGGGUUAAUGUUUAGUCCAAUAUUGGGAUAGCUUGAGCCCAAGAUGCAGUAAUAAGCUAUUAGGUAUAAAUGUAUAGACAAAAUAGUUAUGAUAUUUAAUGUUUUUCACUAAACUUUUAUAUUUCCUGGAUACCUAAGCUGAGGACCCCAGGAAAUGCUGGAGACUGUGAUUGGUUGGGUUGGGAACCUUUUUCCAAUAAACACCCAGUUUGGGGAUCACAAGAAAUCAUAGGGUAAUGGGUGGAAAAUGGCUUGAAAUCCUAGGUCCUGGGGAUCAGGUGAAGUGGGGUCCUCAAAUGGCCCUUAAAUUAAGGAGGCUCUGGGUAGUUUUGGUCUGGCACACCUAGCCGCAUUGAAACGGCUACAACUUCAUCUUGAAAAACUCGAUCUGCAAGCGCUUUUCACACAAUGUCAGGAUAGGAUUAAAAUUUUCAAAAAUGAUAAAUUAGUUUAGUAAAAGUAGUAAUAGUCCACGAAAAUAUUCAUCGCGUAAUAUUGCCAGACCAAAACUACGCAGAGCAAUGGGGAGGCAAUCAUGAAUGGUUACCCUGGGUCAAGAGAGUGUUUAGCUUAUAACUUUUUAGUCAUAGGUUUCCGUUCUCAUGAUCACAAUGGAUCAAGCAACUGAGAAGCACUAAGAGAGAGAAAGAGAGAUUCUCUCCUGGGGUGGGGGGG